CUCUUUUCUUUUUAUUCAUAAACAUGUCCACGCUCGUUUCGCCUUCCACAGAACAGUCACCUACACCAUCUCCUCAGACCAUCUUGAAUAGUUAUGUUGGCUUUGAUACCAUCACUCAACAAAUCGAAAAGAAACUUUUGAAAAGAGGCUUUCAGUUCAAUGUGAUGGUAGUUGGUCAAUCUGGAUUGGGUAAAUCAACAUUGGUCAAUACCAUCUUUGCCUCUCAUUUGAUUGACAGUAAGGGUAGACUUGAUGCUGCCGAAGCACCACGUCAAACAACUGAAAUUGAAUCAGUCGCUCACACAAUCGAGGAAAAUGGUGUGAGAUUAAGAUUGAAUAUAGUAGACACGCCUGGUUAUGGUGAUCAAGUGAACAAUGAAAAUUGUUGGGAACCUAUCAUCAAAUACAUCAAGGAUCAACACUCGGCUUAUUUACGUAAAGAAUUGACAGCAAGAAGAGAACGCUAUAUUGUUGAUACCCGCGUUCAUUGUUGUUUAUUCUUCAUUACGCCCUCUGGUCAUUCUCUUAAACCCAUCGAUAUUGUUGUUCUCAAAAAAUUGACCGAAGUUGUCAAUGUAGUUCCUGUGAUUGCUAAAUCAGAUUCACUCACCAUGGAAGAACGUGAUGCAUUCAAGAAGAGAAUCAAGGCUGAACUUGCCUUCCAUAAUAUUCGAUUAUACCCUUAUGAAAAUGAGGAGGAUGAUGAACAGGAACGAUCAUUGAACGAGAGUAUUUAUGAACUCAUUCCUUUUGCUGUAGUCGGAUCCGAGCGAAAUGUUGUCAUUGAUGGAAAAGCAGUACGCGGCAGAAAAACAAGAUGGGGUGCUAUCAAUGUCGAAGAUGCCCAACAUUGUGAAUUCAUUCAUUUGCGCAAUUUCUUGACGAGAACUCACUUGCAAGAUUUAAUUGAAACAACUGCCUUGAUUCAUUACGAAUCAUUCCGUGCUAAGCAGUUGAUGGCCAUUAAGGAAUCAACUCAAGUACAACAAAAAACAAGCGAAUAAAAAAAGAGAGAAAGAGGGAAUUUGUAUAUGCAGGAAAAGAGAACAAAUCGAAAGCAGUGAUUAUUAUGAUUUUUAUCCAUUUAAAAUCUUGAUUUUUCGACUUGUUGUUGUUACUUUAUCUGAACGAUUCUCUUUAUCUUUGUAUUUUUCCUUAAAUGAUCCAAAACAAGUAAUGUCACUGCAAUGUUGAUUGCAGUUGCGAUAAACAACUGCAUCAUAUGAUGCAGUGUCAAAAAGGAUCUAAAUAUUUACACAAAUCUACCGAGCAACAACAGUUAUGUGCACCAAUAAUUGACUUGCUGAAUUGUUUGAAUCAGAACAAGUUGAAAUAAGGCUAAUAAGCACUGAAAAAGAGGGGCACAAUCACUAUCAUCCUUACUUUCUAUGCUUGCACUCAUAAUCAAAUAUUCUAAAUUAGUACAUGUGCAAAUGAC